CUACUUGUCAGAUUGAUCUAUCUUGUCGUCUGGUGAAACCCACAAUCAUAAAGCCUACUAAUCUCCUUUAUUUCCUGGUAAGUGGUAACCAACCAAACCGUACUAUAUACUAAUAUACCAAACCGAUGAGACAACAAGUAUCGGUUAAUAUAGCUGGGUAACUCAGGGAACCAAGUUUACAAAAAUAAAAACUCAGGGAACCAGGGACUCUAUAAAUAAUUAAAUAUGUUUAACGGUUCAAAAAACGGUUUAACGGUUUAGGAUUUUGUUGGUUUUCAAAUUUUAGAAGAUUGGUGUCCAACUAUCCAUAUUAAAAACGGGUAUAACCCGGUUUAUCUAGCAGCUAUCGUGUUGGCCUACAAGGCUUUUAGCAUUCACUGCCAGGGGCGUCCCUGAGAUGUUGGGGGCCUAAAACAAUUUAGUAAGAGUUUUAUAAAUUUUUUUUUUUUACAAAUUUAGGGGCCCCUUCUUAUGUAAAUUUUUUAAAAAAAUUUGGGGGCCCUAAGCCGGUGUUUCAGUCCGCUGUGCCCAGGACCGCCCCUGUUCACUGCAUGUCUGGACCAGAGUGGUUUCUUCGAGUAUGUCUGUGUGCGUAUACACAGAUACACGUACACGGAAUUACAUACACACAUGUCUAGUAUAUAUACACACAUCUCGAUGCAAAGAAAAACAUCACCAUCUUCUGAUCAGUUAUCUUUUGCUACUCGAAAUAGACCCAAAAAAAAUGUAUUGUCUCCAAGUUGCAGCUUAUCACUUGUUCUUCAACGCAUCCCGAUUUUGUUAUCUUCUUGCUCUGCUUAUCUUUGUUUUUCUCAGAUUAUUUUAUAUUUUCCUUGAUAGAUCAGUUGUUAAUCUCGUCGGCGACUCCGGAACGGCGGCGUUUCUGGCUAUUACUGAUACAAAACAAGUUUAUGGAGGGUUGAAUGUAACUUUCUCUGGUAUUUUCGUAGGAUCUCUAAUCCAAGAUAUUGCUACUAAUGUUAAUGUUUUCUAGCUAAUGUUUUUUCGAGGACAUGUCUUCUCGUUAUGUAUUAUUCAUGCACUUGCAUAUAUGUAUAACGAUGAAUUCCUAGUCUUGAUCUCUAUAGUUCAUUAUUUUAUUAUAAACCUUUAGUUUAAUCCAUUCUUUUAUGAGUAUAAUUUUUCAGUUUGACUGCAUGUUGUAGCGUAGUACUAGUAGCUAUACCGUCGUGUCUAUUAAGUCCGCUUCUAAUUGCGUUAGUUUGAGGACGGAACAUAGAUUUAAUUGGGUUCGAUAGAGUCACUAAAUACAGUAUUCAUAUUGAUUAGUUCACGGCGGGCAGAUACAAUAAUAUAGUAUAAUGCUUUUAGUUUAUAUAUCAUCGUUUACUAAGUAUAAUUAGCUUAUACAAUAAAAAAUGAACACGGAAGUGACGGCUCCGUUCAAAAAUAUUGGGCCCUUGAUCUUUUCAGACGCCCAAAGUAAAUUAAAUUAUUUCGGGCCCAACCGACAGGCCUCGCUGUUUAUCAUUCUUUUUUUUUUGUUAAUAAAGGCAGAUUUUAAGAUAUUUGUCCCUUGUAAAUAAAACUGUAUGUUCGAUGUAGUACAAAAAAAAAACUGUCUGCUCGAUACGAGAUUGCUCCAUAGUCCGUACGGAAGUAAGGAAAAAGGAGGACAGGCAGAGAGUUGGUGGGUCACACUCUGACUGUAUGUAUAAAUGACCGUACAACCUAACCCACCUGCCACUCUUUAAUACCUUUAAUGACACGUCACUGAAAUAGGUAUUAUAUUAUUUGAUUUAGAUUUUAGGAGUAAACUUGUAUUUUCCAUUUCGCUCUUUCAAUUGAACCCAUCCACUAGAGAAAUCGAUUAUUUUGUGCGUAUGGACAUAUAAACAAUAUAGAAAUUGUUGGAAAAAAAAA